CUGGACAUGGUGGGCCAGCCAUCGAUACGACUUGAAUAUUAUAUUCAUACAGUUGAACAUUUUUGUUACUUGAAUUCGCAAAACUUCUGGGGCCAAAACGCGUGCGAUCACGAGCCGCAACGGUUAAAAUUUCGCGCGAUUAGGUUCCAGGUCACUGCGGCUGCCGGUUCACUCAUUACUGUUGGCACAUACUCAGCUGCCUUUGCAGCGCUGCAUCAGCUGUGGCCGGGCUUGGUCGUUUGCGGACGUAUUACUAUCCCACUGCGAAGCAGACGCCGACGGCCUUUAGGCCAGAGCUGUGGCAGGUCUGAAACAUCGCAUCGUUAUUGAUUACUGAGUCGCUCUCAAGUUUAGGUUUGUCGUGCCUGGUGCGCCCGCGCUUGCAACGGGAAUGUGGCUUCGCUUCCUCUGCCUUACGUGCGGCAUUAAUGAGGCGCCGCCAAGCGAAGUGGACGGAAAGAGCCCUCAGCGGGCCUUAGCUCAAGGCACCUCCGGCUCGCCACCUGCGUCCACCUCCUGUCCAGCCCUGGAGACGUGCGACACGGAAGCGGCGGCGACCACGGUCCUGCCGCCAGCGACCCUGGCCACACUCACCCCACCCUACGUGCGUCGCCACCAGCGCACCAUCACGCUCGACGGCUCCGAGGGCUCAUUCAUCUCAGUGGGCGUGCCCGCAGCUGACUGCUUCGGCAACGAGGCCGCCGAUCCCGGACGCAGCGACGGCGGCGGCGGCAGCCCGUCGCACGCGUCCGCGCUGGCCGCUGGUGCCGCCGCCGCCAGCGGCACUGCACGCAUGUCGCGCAACUCGCCGGCGCUGCCCGGCCAUCACGGCCAUCGUCGCGGUGCGGUCACUGCGGGAGGCGGCCUCGGCGGCGGCGGCGGCGGCGGCGCCACCUGCAGUCCGCCGUCGUGGGCUCGCCGGCCCGGCAGCGCAAAAGCGCUGGCGUAUGGCAGCGGCGGCGGCGCCGCUACCGCGUCAGCCUCCACGCCUGCCGUGCCCUCCCGCUUCAGCCUGAACGGCGCCGCGCCGGUCUCACGCGGCGCCUACGGCUACACAGGAGCUCCCACCACAACCACCACAACCGCCGACUGCGGCAGCAUCAGCACCGGUAGCAUGUGCGGCGGUGUGGGGUGCGGCGGCGGUUACGGCGGUCGUACGGCGGGCGGCGGGGUUACGGACGGCGGCUGCCCACCGUCCCAACAGCCACAGCUGCAGCGCCCGUCCGGCGGCGGCGGCGGCGGCAGGCUGCACCGCAGGUAUUAUGCGCCCGCAACCUCCGGCACUGACCCCGCCGCCGACGCGGCUGCUGCUGCUGCUGCUGAUACUGCUACUGCCGCCGAUUCUGCGGCUACCGGUACUGCCGUCCGCCUGGACGGGUGGCCCGGAUUUGCCGAUGACGCGGCGCAAGACGCGGCUGCCGCCAGCUCGGCGCUACAGCAGGCCGCGACGGCGGCGGCUUGCCGCCAUAUGGCUAAGGCUCAUGCUACUGCUGAUGCUGCGGAUGCUGAUGCGGAUGCGGACGCCAGCAGUGCGCAUCAGGCAGUAGCAGCCGCGGCUGCGGCUGUAGCAGGUGUCGAGGCGGGCGGGGACACUACUGCCAACGAGGCGGAUGCGGAGGACAACAGCAGCAUUGACAGCGCUGCCACGGUAGUGCUGGUGGAGCGAGAGGCGGAGGCGGGCGGCGCCGCAGCUACUGCUGGCGAGUUCGGGAUGGGCCCCACCACACAGCUGCCGUGGGGACCCAACGCGGCACAGCGGACGCUGCUGCCCUCGCACCCCCAGCAGCUGCUGAGGUAUGCGCCGCUGUUGCCUCUCCAGGGCCCGCGCUCCCUGCUUCCUUCGGCGGCGGGGCCCGCUGCUGCAGCCAACAGCGUGCGACCCUGGCGCAGCUGCAAAGACAGUGAUGCGGCCGCCUCAGCUCCGGCGUCAGGCGUGCAGCAGCCGCUGGCGGCCUCCGGCACCAGCGGGGAGCGCGGCGCUGCCACAGCUGUGGCGGGGUCGGCGGCAGAGCCGGCAAAAGCAGAGGUGGUGGCAACCGUCGACUACAAGGAGCAGCCGUGGGAGCAAGACAGGGCAGCAGCACUGCAGCAGCAGUGCCGUGAGCUCCUGCAGCAGUUUCCGCCGCCGCUGCCCUUCGCGCCGUCGAGCAGCAAGCUGUUGAUGAAGGAGGCCUGCCCGCCGCGGCGCACCGUGACCGGCAGCAGCUUCGGCAGCUGCAACAACAGCAUCAGCCUGCGGGUGGACUUGAGUGGAAAUGGCGGCUUGGGUGUCUUGGUCGGCGAUCGUGAUGACGACGUCGGUGAUGAUCGCGGGGUCGCCGAGGGUGGGGCGGCGGCGUGUGGCAGCGCCCCUCAUGGCGUGGUGUUUGCGACGCGGAUGGGGGCGGCUGUGGUGGCCUGAUGACAGGACGGAAGAAUGUGAAAAUAGAAAUGGGGCGCAUCAACAGCCCUUUCCUAAUUUAUUGACCAUUCUGUGAUCCUGCCGAUGUCGUGAUUUGUUGUGAGCGUAACGUACAUGCAGGGUGAUCACUGACGCUUUUACAAUCGUAGGAUGGCCUGGUCAUUGUGUACACGUCUAAUAAGUGUACACGCUUGGUCCCUUCCCUCCAUAGCUGCUGUGUUGAAACGCGGCGGUGAUGGCGAGAGCCUCAGGUGCCCCACCGUUAGAGCAAGACGCCCCCACGAAGACAAAAGCAACCCGGUGUGCCAGAUUGGGUAGAAUACGGGCCCGGAUCUGGUAGUGUCGUGUAAUGCGGAUGAUGUAGGGCUGUAGGAUUGCAAUUGUUGCGCGGUACCGUAGUGUGAACGGUAUGAUAGUGUAGGACUUCCAAAUGCAUCACAGAAAUGAGUAACAGCAUGCAAUGUGUGCAUCAAGGGGCGAUACUGGGCUAUACGUGGUUCAUAAAUUUGUGUGAUUUCUGUGACGCUGUGCGGUUAACGAGGCACAGAAGCCUCCCCUGUCUGGAGAUAAUCAAAGGUGUUAUCUGGCGAGGAAACUGCAUGCGUGACUGCAUGAACGUGCAUGUGGGGGUUAAACAUACUUUUCCGGCGGGGGGAUGUGCAAAUGCGGGUGACGCUGUGCGGUUAACGAGGUAUAGAAGGCUGCCCUGUCUGGAGGUAAUGAAAGGUGUGCUCUGGCCAGGAAACUGCACGAACGUCCAUGCGGGCAGAUGCGGAGAUUGGGCGUGCAACUUUUACAAUCGUUUCCUUAAAGCAUCGUAGAAGGAGGAUGUGCGGAGUUCACAAGGUGUCCAGUGCGUGCCUUACAGAAUGCGCCAGUGUGAUAAUGCCGCAAAGUGCUGCGCAGUUGUGCAUGGCCCUGCUCGAGACACGGGCAUCCUUGAAAACACAUCUGCCCCCCUCCCCCGCACCUGACACAUCUGUGCUCUCCGCUGUGACUGGCUCUGCAUAUCAGCGGCCCGCCUCGGCCCGCCGCAGCUCGCACAGGGGGGGGGGUAGUUUCGACUGGGAAAGGCCCCAUGUUCUGAAACGAAAGAGCUUGACGAGAGGAUUCCAAAUCCACUUUCAGAGUU